AUGGACUCCCUCGCGUUUUAUCUCCUCCUCCUUGUCUCGUUAACCGCCGUCGCUAACCCUACGGUGGCCUCCGCCACUACGAUCGGAGUGACCUACUCGACUCCACGCUCCAUCUCCGGUUCCGAACUACUCUUCUCUCCGGAGAGAAUCGCCGAGAAGGUCGUUUCCAUGAAGAUUCCGGCGGUGAGGCUUCUCGACUCCGAUCCGGCGAUGCUUCGCGCCUUCGCCGACACGAACGUCUCUCUCUUCAUCUCCGUUCCCAAUCCUCUGGUUCCACUCCUCGCUUCCAAUCGUUCCCUCGCGACGGCCUGGGUCAAUCGCCACGUGGCUCCCUUCUACCCUCGCACCAACAUCUCAAUCAUCUCCGUCGGUAACGACGUGACUUCAGACUCGCCGGACGUUUCGCCGUUCCUACUCCCUGCGAUGGAGAAUGUUCAUGGAUCUCUCAGAGAUCUGGGAAUCCACAAGAUCCCGGUAUCCACUACCUUGUAUUUCUUCAACAUCCUCCCGGCGAUUUUCUUUCCUUCGGCGGCGCGGUUUCAACAGCCUAAAGGAGAAGAUACGAUCAGGCCGAUUUUGCAAUUCCUCGAACGAACCAACUCGUCUUUCCUGCUCAAUCUGCAUCCCUACAAUGUCUACGAAUCCAGCUUCAUCGUUCCAUUCGGACACGUUAUUUUUGACGAGUCUCCUCUAUGUUUCAUAGACGACUACCCUGCGCGACUUAGAUACCGGAAUAGCUUCGAUAUGAUGGUCGACGCUGUGAUCACCUCCAUGGCCGCUAUGGGCCACAAGGAUCUUCCCUUGAUUGUGGCGGAGACCGGCUGGCCUAGCUCCGGAGUCGAGACCUUCUCUGAAGAAGAUCUGACGUUGGUGUACAGCGAGAUGUUCUUGCGAGGCUUACUUGCUCACCUGAGAAGCGGAUCUGGAACACCGCUGAGGAAAGAAGGUCUUUUGGCGGUUUACGUCUUUGAGCUUGUUGAGGAAGAAGCCAAAGGGAUGAGGAAUUCGGGACUUUUGCAUCACAAAGUACAACUUUGA